CUUGUUGAUUUCUGAAGAGUAAAAACACUGAUGCUCUGAUGUUACUUUUGUUUCAGAGGAAAGAUGCAUGCCUUCCUGAUGAUUGGCUGCUUUCUCCUCGCCGCUUCAGAGUACUUACUCGGCUCCGCCCACAUGAUCCCCGACGAGAGACUCUCCACCAAUAGGGUUGUUGUAACUAACGCUCUGUCUCAAAGCCUGGACAUAGACUCGCCCCCUGUUGUUAUGGUUGAGUUACCUAAAUCUGUGAAGAAAACCAAGAAAGCAAAGAAACAAAAGAAGAACAAAUUCGGUGUGAAGAAGCGUCCUCCUCCUCCUGCUGACUGCAUCAACCUGUGGGAAAACUGUAAACCAGACCACGUGUGCUGUGAUUUCUGCGCCUUCUGCCAGUGUCGGCUCUUCAGAACUGUGUGUUUCUGCAGAAUGGGCAACCCUCGCUGCUGAACAUCCACCCGCAGCCUGACCCAGCUCAGAGCUAACAGAACAAAACCAACGAACCACUUGAA